GGCCCUCGGGGCGGAGGUGAUGCCAGUGGAGUCUCCACCUCAGCUCAAUGAUGAUGACAAGGACAGCUUUUUGCUGUUUGGAACGGUAUUCGAGGCCACGAUGAUCGACAGAAAGAUAGGAGACAAACCCAUCAGCUUUGAGUUGUCUGUUGGUAACUUUGGGAACGUCCUGGAGGUCUCCCCUCCGGUCAGCAGUAGGAGGAAGGAGGAGAAGCCAGUAGCAGAGAGGGUUUUGGAGGGUCAGGAUCUUGACAGCACCCCCCUGAUGGACCGCCAGGACCCCAAACCUGGCCCCUGGCAGUAUCCAUGCCAGUCCACCACACCCCCAGAGAAACCCCUCAUAAUUGAUGGAAACAGGUAUUACAUGUACCUGCCCAUUGAGCAGCGGAAGCCGUGUGUCCACAUAAUGAGCUGCUGGGAGGAUCGCACCUACCGUCUGCACAGCUCUAACUUGCUGGAGAACAUCGCUGUCAUGUUUGAAGAAGGUGUGGCCAAGACAGGUGAACUGAACAAGCUGUCAGAUCCAGGAACAGAAGCUCUCAUGCGCCGAGUCUUUCAGGAGUUUAUCACGGACGCCAGGAGCUUCAUAGCCUUUGCAGAAGGGGAAGUGAGGCGGAACAAUCUGACCAUGUUGGAUAAGAAACGCCUGACCAUGUGUAAAGAGGAGCUGGAGAGUAUGGUCAGAGAGGCAGAAACCAUCUCCGAGGGGAAGAGGAAGGCUCGCAGUAUGAAGGAGACGUUGCAGGAGGCUCUAAAACUCACACGGAAACUGAGAUUCCUAGUGGAAGAGCCACAGCAUACCAUCCCAGAUGUGUUUGUGUGGAUGCUGAGUAACAACAAGCGUGUGGCGUAUGCCCGCAUCGCUGCCCGUGACCUGCUCUACUCUGCCAGCCCUGAGGAGAGAGGCAGAGACUGUGGCAAGAUCCAGACUUUAUUCCUGAAGCCCCCAGGGAAGCGUGUAGCAGGCUGGUCAGUUCAGGCCAAACUGGACAUUUACCUGUGGCUGGGCAGCUGUAGAGAGUCCUCUCAUAUGCUGGAUGACCUGCCUGGAGGGUUUGAACCCACAGGGGGCGCCACUAAGGAGCAGUUUCUACCCGGAAACCUACCUGUACAUCUGGUAUAUAGAGAACAGCACCAGUUCCAGAUGCGAGCCCAUAUGUACCAGGCUAGAGGGCUGAUAGCAGCAGACUCCACAGGACUCUCAGACCCCUUCGCCAGGGUCACCUUCCUGACACACAGUCACACCACCGCCAUCAUCAACCAGACAUUAACCCCGACCUGGAACCAGAUGCUGUUGAUGACCCGGGUCACGCUGCAUGGAGACCUGACACACCUGGAGCAGGAGCCACCGUGCAUCGUCAUCGAGGUGUAUGACGACGAUGCUCUGGGCAAGGCAGAGUACCUGGGCAGCACGGUGGCAGUGCCCGUGGUGAGGGUGUCAGGGAAGCCCUACUCCACUCCCCAGCUCCACUACAGUCCUCUGUUUUGUGGGUCCCAGUCUGGAGGAGACCUGCUGGGGGCCUUUGAGCUCAUACAGAUCCCAGAGUCAGGAGAAGAGCAUCUGCCUCCGCUAGACGAACCAGAUGGCCAUAUCUACCCUGUACCUGCCAACAUCAGACCUGUACUGAGCAGGUAUCGAUUAGAGGUGUUGUUCUGGGGCCUGAGGGAGCUGAAGAAGGUGCAGCUCCUCUCUGUGGACCGUCCCCAGGUGUUUAUAGAGUGUGCUGGGAAAAGCCUGCGCUCCUCUGUCAUCCAGAGCUACAAGAACAACCCUAACUUCACCACACUGGUGGACGCCUUUGACCUGGAGCUGCCUGAGAAUGAGAACCUUCAUCCUCCCCUGAACAUCAGUGUGGUGGACUGGCGAGCCUUCGGACGCUCUACCCUCGUGGGAAACUACGUCAUCAACAACCUGAAGCCCUUCAAAUACACCCCUCCUCCCGCGCUGUCCACGCCAACCUCACCACGGGGACCUCACAGCAGAGAGGUUUUAGGCAUGAUGCCCCAGUCUACUGAAGACAGUUUAAUCACUUUGUCAUCUGAGGAUGUCUCAAUCAACAUCGACCAGGAGAUCUACCGUAGACCCACAAGCCCACCGCCACCCCCACCCGAACCAGACAACAAGAGGGAAAAGGAGUGGAAGAAGAGCUCUCGCAGGUCUACUAAGAGAAGGAAGCGUACCGUAGCGGAUGAGUCUGGGGACAACGUCCUCGACUGGUGGUCCAAGUACUAUGCUUCAGUGGACAAGAUCCAGCAGGCCAAGCAGAAGGAGGUGCAUCCCUUUCCGGACAUCUAUGAUCAUGAUCAUGUAUUUCCAUUCCAAACCUUGCUCUCCGAUGGAGUAGACUCCUUGGUCAGUGGACAGCAGGACGGAGACGACAAGAAGAAGAAGCCACAGUUGAAAGUCAAAGACUCUCAGGAAGGGGUGUCCAAACUGGCAACACUACAGCUGUAUGACAAAGAGCUGGAGUCAGAGUUCGGUCCGUUUGAUGACUGGGUCAACACCUUCGAGCUGUUCAGAGGGAAAGCCAAUGACGAGGGGGGCCGUUCUAAUGAGGAGAGGUUUGUUGGGAAGUUCAAGGGUCGGUUCUGCUUGUACAAGCUAACUGAGGAGGACGGAGAGUGGGAGGAGAGUCCAUCACACUCAGGCCAGUUUAAGAUCACCCGUGGGAUCCCACCCAACACCUCCGUCAAGGUUCUCGUCAGGGUUUACAUCGUAUCUGCAUCCAACCUCCAUCCAGCCGAUGCCGAUGGGAAGUCUGAUCCCUACAUUGUUCUGAGGCUGGGGAAAACUGAGAUAAAAGACAGAGACAACUACAUCCCCAAGCAACUCAACCCAGUCUUUGGCAGGUCCUUUGAGCUCCAGGCUACGUUUCCUAAAGAUUCCCUGCUGACUGUUCUGAUCUAUGACCAUGACACCAUCGGGACUGACGAUCUGAUCGGGGAGACAUGGAUAGAUCUGGAGAACCGCUUCUACAGCCGACACCAGGCCACCUGCGGACUGCCCACUGAGUACAGCAUUGAUGGUUAUAACGCCUGGAGGGACUCCACCAAGCCAACUGAGCUGCUGACUAAGCUCUGUAAGGAGAACAGGCUAGAUGGACCCUACUUGAGACCCGGAAGAAUCACCAUCGGGGACAAAGUCUUCACUGGGAAAACACUGUUCAUGGAUGAAGAGCAGACAGUGGAGUCCUAUGAACACCUGGCUCUGAAGAUCCUUCACAGAUGGACUGAGAUUCCAGGGGUGGGGUGUAGACUUGUCCCAGAGCACAUCGAGACACGGACUCUGUACAACAAGGCCAGACCAGGGAUGGACCAGGGCCAGCUCCAGAUGUGGGUGGACAUGUUCCCCAUGGACAUGCCCCACCCAGGACCCUCUGUGGACAUCUCCCCUCGUAAACCUAAAGGAUAUGAGUUGAGAAUCAUCAUCUGGAACACUGAAGAUGUGAUUCUGGAGGACACUAACUUCCUCACAGGAACACAGUCUAGUGACAUCUACGUCAAAGGGUGGCUUAAGGGCAUUGAGGACGAUCGCCAGGAGACUGAUGUUCACUACAACUCUCUGACUGGGGAGGGUAACUUCAACUGGCGCCUGGUGUUCCCCUUUAACUACUUGCCUGCCGAGAAGGUGGUGGUGGUCAGUAAGAGGGGGAGCAUCUUCUCCCUGGACAAGACAGAGCAGAAGCUACCGGCCAUGUUGGUGAUGCAGGUCUGGGACUUUGAGAGGCUGUCAUCUGAUGACUUCUUGGGUAGCGUGGAGCUGGACUUACAUGGGUUUCCCCGCGGGGCCAAGUCAGCCAAGGCCUGUAAGAUGGACAUGCUGAAGGACAGUGUAGAGAAGAUCUCCAUCUUCCAACAGAAGAGGUCCAGAGGCUGGUGGCCCUUUGUCAAGGCUGAGGAGCUCACGGGGAAAGUAGAGGCGGAGUUCCACCUGGUGACAUCAGAGGAGGCAGAGAAGAAUCCGGUUGGUCGAGCCCGCAAGGAGCCAGAACCCCUGGAAAAACCCAACCGGCCAGACACAUCAUUCUCGUGGUUUGUGAACCCUUUUAAGUGUUUCUUCCACCUGAUCUGGAGGAACUAUAAGAAGUACAUCAUCAUCGCUGUGGUCCUUCUCAUCACGGCUCUGUUCAUCGCCCUGCUGCUCUACACCCUUCCAGCAGCCAUCUCACAGAAGAUAGUCAAUGGUUAACUAGCUAACAGUAACACACUACCUUAACCCUUCCAGCAGCCAUCUCACAGAAGAUAGUCAAUGGUUAACUAGCUAACAGUAACACACUACCUUAACCCUGCCAGCAGCCAUCUCACAGAAGAUAGUCAAUGGUUAACUAGCUAACAGUAACACACUACCUUAACCCUGCCAGCAGCCAUCUCACAGAGGAUAGUCAAUGGUUAACUAGCUAACAGUAACACACUACCUUAACCCUUCCAGCAGCCAUCUCACAGAAGAUAGUCAAUGGUUAACUAGCUAACAGUAACACACUACCUUAACCCUUCCAGCAGCCAUCUCACAGAGGAUAGUCAAUGGUUAACUAGCUAACAGUAACACACUACCUUAACCCUUCCAGCAGCCAUCUCACAGAGGAUAGUCAAUGGUUAACUAGCUAACAGUAACACACUACCUUAACCCUGCCAGCAGCCAUCUCACAGAGGAUAGUCAAUGGUUAACUAGCUAACAGUAACACACUACCUUAACCCUGCCAGCAGCCAUCUCACAGAGGAUAGUCAAUGGUUAACUAGCUAACAGUAACACACUACCUUAACCCUUCCAGCAGCCAUCUCACAGAGGAUAGUCAAUGGUUAACUAGCUAACAGUAACACACUACCUUAACCCUUCCAGCAGCCAUCUCACAGAGGAUAGUCAAUGGUUAACUAGCUAACAGUAACACACUACCUUAACCCUUCCAGCAGCCAUCUCACAGAGGAUAGUCAAUGGUUAACUAGCUAACAGUAACACACUACCUUAACCCUUCCAGCAGCCAUCUCACAGAGGAUAGUCAAUGGUUAACUAGCUAACAGUAACACACUACCUUAACCCUGCCAGCAGCCAUCUCACAGAAGAUAGUCAAUGGUUAACUAGCUAACAGUAACACACUACCUUAAACCUUCCAGCAGCCAUCUCACAGAAGAUAGUCAACGGUUAACUAGCUAACAGUAACACACUACCUUAACCCUUCCAGCAGCCAUCUCACAGAAGAUAGUCAAUGGUUAACUAGCUAACAGUAACACACUACCUUAACCCUUCCAGCAGCCAUCUCACAGAAGAUAGUCAAUGGUUAACUAGCUAACAGUAACACACUACCUUAACCCUUCCAGCAGCCAUCUCACAGAGGAUAGUCAAUGGUUAACUAGCUAACAGUAACACACUACCUUAACCCUUCCAGCAGCCAUCUCACAGAAGAUAGUCAAUGGUUAACUAGCUAACAGUAACACACUACCUUAACCCUGCCAGCAGCCAUCUCACAGAAGAUAGUCAAUGGUUAACUAGCUAACAGUAACACACUACCUUAACCCUUCCAGCAGCCAUCUCACAGAGGAUAGUCAAUGGUUAACUAGCUAACAGUAACACACUACCUUAACCCUGCCAGCAGCCAUCUCACAUAAGAUAGUCAAUGGUUAACUAGCUAACAGUAACACACUACCUUAACCCUUCCAGCAGCCAUCUCACAGAAGUCUACAUCAGUCUACAGUCAAUUAGGUAAAUCUAACUA